CGGUAUUCUUCAAUCUUACCAAAAUAUCUCAUUGUUUCCUUUGCAUUGUUUUGUACGUACAGUUGUUUUUCUUUUUCUUUUUUUUUCAGAGUGGGGGAAGAUGCAAAGACUUGGAUAUUAUUCAAAUUCAAGUUGAGGGUUAUAUCAUGAUAAAACUGCGGCUGCAGUCGAUUAUCUCCCGUCCUUAAAAAAAAAUUGGUUGGUGGACACACUCCAAUCCACGUUUCCUCCAACAACAACAACAACACUUUUUGGACUUCCUGUUUAUAAAUGGCGGUUUCCCUGAAGACGGCUAAUGUACAAUUUGCCAAUCAGAAUGUAGGCUAGACCGGUAGACCAAAACCUCAAUCAAAAUUUGAUAUGGUUCUGGUACUGAGAAAGCAACGUUCCUUUUCUUUAUGCAAACGCUCUAUUUUUUGGUAAUGUUUGCACACUAGAGGUGUAUGAACGAAAUUUCUUCACAAAUUGAAAAUCACUUUUCUCAAUCAAUAAAAUUAUAAUUAUGGAGACCACCACAGUGUCCCCAGUAACUGAUGAGUUGGAAUCUCAUGAACCAGAGCAACUAACAACCGUGAAAGAGCAAUGUGCUCGAGACUGGAAACAAGUUAAAAAUCUACAGAGUCAGUUGCAGUCACUGGAACCUUUGGUAUUAGACGAAACAAGACCAUCUCAGCAAAUACUUCAAGAACAGGAGAAAAGAUGCAAGGCAGAGUUACAGUAUUUGAAGGAGAACUCUUUGAAAACCCUUCCAGAAGACCCAGCUAUACAGAGGCUACUUUUGCAACAGAGUCAGGAGACACGGCAUGAACAGCUCAGUGAGACCCUUGUUUUUCUGCGUGCCAAGAGAGAGGAAGUUUUAGCUGGUAUCAAAGCUGAAGAAGAAGCCAACGAACUUCUGCUGGGUCUUAAUAAAAGCUUGAAGGAAAAAGUGGCUACCUGCGGAGGAAGCGUAUCAGAUGACAACUCAGCUUUAGAAAUGGCUGUGAACCGUCUCAAAGUGGAUCUUGAUAAAGUGAAUGAAUUGGACAAGUUUUUCAGAAGGGAACUGAAGCAGCUGCUGACUCAUCAUUUCCCAUUGCCUUCUGAAACUGACUCAGCAAAAAACCUUGAAGACACAAGAGACUUUGAUCGAGAAAGUGCUUUACCUCUUACUGCUAUUCUGAAAUCAUUGAUAGAGCAAACUUUGAACUCACCUGCCCAGCCUUACAUUGAAAUGGAUGACAGAUUUUGGUCAAGGCAUAUAGAACUUCUUCUCAGAUGUCAGAUUGUACUGAAAGACCCCAAUAAUCCCAACAGAAUAAAACUUGUUCCUUUCCAUUUAUGAUGGAAUAUAUGAGAUUUUCAAGGUGCAAUUGAAAUUUUAUUAAGUGGAAAGUACCCAUCAUUUUAGUUUUGACCAGGAGACUGUCCUGCUUUCUUUUCUUUUUUUUUUGUUCCUCACAGUAGCCUAUUGUUGUCAAUAGCCUUCAUGUCGCGUAACACACAUUCAAUAGGCUAAGACUACCCAUUACAUUUUUUCCCCAUUUCGUAUAUAUGUGGGGGCUGUUGAGAGAGUGGCUUUGUCUUAGUGAGACAGGAGAGGAGAUACGAGGAAGUUGCCGACCAUCCCUAAUUUAAUGGGAAAUCGUGCUUUUUUAUUUACAAUUGUCUUUGUAACGUGCAGCUAUGAUUAAUCAAGUCUGUGUUUUACUAUUUCUUUUUGUUUUUUAAUU